AUGUUAUAUAACAAAGAGCAGGGAACAAGCGGCGCUAGUAGCUCUGGUCGUAGAACGAAAUUCCACUUCGAUCGUUUUGUACAAAUGGUUCUGUUCAUUGCCGCUAAUCCCAAUUAUUGCUGUUCAGUAGCCAGUAUCCCGAAAUCUGGUGUCACGCCAGAUUUAAAAAGAGCAGAUAUUCUUGAACAGAAGAUCAAAAGCUUAAAUAGUGCGCUGAGUCCAAAAUUGAAGGAAGAAAGUCGUCUUGGUGGGCCUUUGCAUAACCCCUCUAUUCUACCAGCCCCAUCUUUUUCAUCACUACCAAUAUCAUCCAAUGGAAAGAAAUCUUUAGCAGGAUAUAGACCUAAAAGUAGGAAGAAACAAACUAUACUCCCCAACGGUCAACCAAAAGAGUGCGCCACUUGUGGUGACACCUGGACUUCUCAGUGGAGAAGUGGACCUAAUGGAAAUGUUGAGCUAUGUAGUCGAUGUGGCAUAGCAUAUAGGAAAAAAAUGGAGAAAAAAAUACGAUCGCAACAAUCCUCCGAUGAUGGUACUAAAAAUUUUAUAUUUAAAAAUAAAUAG